UUCCGCAUCUUUCUUCCUCAGGAUGUGUCGCACAGUAUCUUCUUCAGGUCAAAACUCAUUGUUGUCCGGAGCCGCGUAACUUUUCAUGUGUUGAGCGUUGGGAAUCGCUUUUGCUAUGUUACUAUGAUUUCCUGCUACAUUUUCUGAAAUAUAUCUUGCUUUGUACUGAUGCACUAUGAUGGGAUGUUGGAAAAACACAGUACUUCAUUGAAAAAUAUAAAAGUAAUUGCUGAGGAGCUUGUAUGCCAAAAUCAUGCGCUUUUCUUGGUUUGCCAUAGUCUUCAUUAUUAUAGUACCAGAAUAUUCAUGCCUUUCAAGUUCAGUUCUUGAGACUAGUAACAAUAAUCAUAAGUCAACUCGAACUUUCGAGACAAAUGGGCGAUUUAGACGAAAAAGGGAAGCAGACGAGGAAGAUGUUAUCAAUCGAUUCGAAAUGGAAAGAGUUUCGCCUUUAUACGACAUUGUUCGUCACCUCCCUCCUUUCGAAGAAGAGUGGAUACCGUCACCUAUAACCACAACUACUUUGACUCCUGAAGUCUCAGCAAGGACUUCAUCCACAACCGAAAUAAAGAUAGAUGUGUCCCGAGAUGAAGAUCACGUGGUGAGUGAGAGUGGAAGACAAUACGGUGGCAAUUCUGCCCGCAGUUGGUUCUACAGUGCAGAAUCCUUCUCGAGUUCGAGUCACUUCGAUUUGACAAAUACAGAACUAGAAGAAGGGAGUAAGUUUUACACCAAAGUUUCAACCAGUCGACGUCAGGAUGAAGAUCAUGUGAUGAGCCAGUCUCCGGGAUUGAUGACAUCUCGCAUUUCUCUACUGGACGAAGUUGUUGUAGAAUCUCCAACGACUCCUUUCAUCAACGUGACAGUCACGCCAAAGGUACAGGAAGAAAAACCAAACAUCACCACUCGAUAUAUCCUUUUGCAGUCUGGCAGAAUAGUGGCUAUCAACGUGACAUCUGUAUCAUCCGCCUUCAAAACGAGCGGAGGAGGAUCUUCUUCUAAACCAUUCUCUCCCACUCGCACAAUUUACUUUGGUAGUCGGUUAAAAACGCAGAAUAAUACAACAUCAGUCAAUAUUAGCAAUGUAAACCGGUUAAUGAGUGGGCAAUCUACUUUUUCGAGUACGCCAUCAACCCCCAUCAGAGUUCAAACUGAGAAAAUAUCUGAUGCUCUGAAAAACAAACAAUCUCCAACCAAAAAGUUAAUAACCACUAGCAAGAAGCCAACAACCGAAAUACCGAAAGAAUCAGCAAGAUUAGUUCACAAACAACGUCACUCGAGUACAGCUACUUUACUAGUCACAAAUCCACCAAAGACGACUGCUUUGAGAUCAUUCGUUGAAUACAGUAAUGUCCGCUACACAUCUGGUGACACCAUAGAAAAGAUUUUCGAUCUUCUUCAGCCUGAUACCACCGAUAUACCUUUCUUUGUCAUUACUUUCGAUUCUUUGAAGAGGAAUCAACAAGAAUCCCCGAAUUUAACAGAAACUACAUUUAGCGGCUCGACAACUAAAACGCCUGACCAUGAACAAAAAAGUAGAAAUCUCAAAUAUAACGAACCUAUAAUUCUACAAAAACCUCCCCAAUUGCAGGAGCAAGAUGCAUUUUUGAAUUCCAGAGAGAAAGUGGCUAAGAAUUCCGGAAUAUCAUCCGUUCAGCGCAAGGAAUCGGUGACUAACAACAGAGGUUCAAGCACAUAUACCCCGUUGAGUCGGGAACUUCUAACCACUGUUCCUUUUACCAAUUCACCUGCAGUGAAGGAUGGCGUGGCCCCACUCCUAAAGAUCAGACACGAAUUUUUAAGAAUUGUACCAAUUACCCCUGUCACUGCAACUGAUAUCCCUACGACUACAACUUCUAUCAUCAAGCCGGAUCGAAAUAGUUCGAGGCGCCCAAGGUAUAGGGGUCUUUCCCACGUUUCACUUCAAGCCCCGAGAAAGCAUAAAACUGAGACGCCAGUACCUAAUCUUGCAACGACAACAGCUAUCCCAAAGACCCCUUCCACGACAUUUAAGAAACCUAGACAGCAGCAAAGUUUCCAUUUCCGAAAUUCUGUAAGUUUCCAGACCAUGCCGCCAAGCGCCUUCUCCGACAGACGAUCCUUGUCAGGAGAAAUCACAACGGAAAUUUCUGAACUCUCCUCCACCUCGAAGAUCAGAAUGCCAGAGGAAGUCGAGUAUAUCUUCAGGUUUGAGCCCACCAGAAAGAGUAUGAACAACAAGAACUCCCUUAAAGAUAUUACUACAGAUAUUCCAAGCAUAAAAAUACCUACGACAGUGAGAACUCGGGUUGACAAUCGAUGGAAAGUCAUUCCAAAUCAAAUGUCUGCCAGAACGACACCUCUAUCAAUUACGUCUUCGUCAAAAGAUUUCAGGACGACUGUCGGAAGCAUUUCAACAACGACAGCCACAACAAGCAGCAACAGAGUAGGUAGAAAUUUCAAGCAAUCGGUCACCGAAAUUCAGGACGUGGACACAAUAACUACCACCAAAAUGCCUUUCCGGGUUUAUUAUUUUGAGCCGAAAAGGAAAAAAGCCAAGAUUAGUCUAAAAGAUAAAGUUUCUGAAAUCUCUGAAACUUUACUUACUACUGAAAAUAUUCGAACGUUUCCAACAACUGCAUCGAAAUGGGCACGUGUCACCAGCCCAACAUCGAGAGGUAACGUAGUAUAUAGAGACUCUAGACGUCUUCUACUGCCACCAGAAAGUCAAGAUUCUACCACGGAAUCAUUUCAAACCACUUCAACAAGACCGACAGCAAAAAGGAUUCGACACAGCCCUUUCAUCUGGCAUCGUCCUAACGUCGCCACAAAGCCACCUUCAUCCACUGAAACGACAGCUAAUAUGAGUAAUUCAACCAUAUCAGAAAACGAACGACGAGCGAAAGCUCUAGAAGAUUUUGUCUAUUUGCCCAUUAAUUUGCAAAGGACGGCUUGAAAAUUUGCUGUAGUUUGUAAACUGAUGUAUUGGUUUUUGUAUCGGAGACAGCAUGACAAAAUAUAGCCAUGAUAUCAAUAUAUGUUGAAUUAUAAGAUAUUAAUGACACUUAAAUAAUUCAAAACAAGUUUUUAAGUCAAUUUUGUAUUAAAUAAGUUAUCAAAACUUUUCUUGUUUUACAUUUUAAUUUCUUCAUAGAAAUUGCUUCUCUUUUUUCAUAAAUAGCAUGCGCUGUCCCGACCGAGUACUUAUCAAAUAAGAAUUUUCGAUGUGGAUUUAUUGGAAUAUGGCAAAGCACACUAGAGCUGUCUUUCCAAGGCAACAAAUGCCUUUUUGGAGGGAGGACAUUCUAAAGGAAACUGGCUCAUAUUGGCAUUUUACAUCUGGGAAACCAUGCAGAUGUCCACACAGCCAUACAUUUAAUAAAACGUAAAACCUGCUCGAUCUGUCAGGGUUUUUAUCCACUUAGCAGUUUCUACUUAGCAAUAAACAACGUAGUGUUUGAGAUUGAACUCUUUUAAGGAACGCAUUUCGCUGAUUAUUAUUUAUACCUUAAAAAGAGAAAUGCAAAUUAUUCAUUCAUAGUUACAUAAAACUUCGCAACGAGAAUGUAUCACUUCACAUUUCGCUGAAAUCAGCUAACUGAAGCAAUUCUUGAAUCCAUUUAAAUGUUACCUUUUUUACCCAAUUCUACUAAUUAGGGGAUCUAAGUGUUUUGGCAUAGUGACAAAGGAUACUGUGUAGUCCUUCGUUCGACAGUCAUUUCUGAAGAAGCCAUCAUUCGAUCUCUACUAAGCAUAGAAGGAAAAGGACAAAAUAAUUACUUAUGCUUAAAUAUGAGGAUCUUCAUUAAACCUAGAUAUAGAAAAACAAAAUGGGCUAAUUUGGUGCGCUCGCGUUACUGCCUUUACACUGCUAAACUUCAAACAGAAUGAGAGAAACUUUAGAAAAGUUUGAAGACUUUUUUUCCCAAGUUUCUUCAAUCUCUCUAAAAACUUGUUACUACUACGAACCAAUGCAUGCAAUAUAUGACGUUAGGAAAUUCCCCACUUAAUUGGAAUAAUGCAGCUAAUAUUUUCACAAAAAUAUCUUUUAGAUAUUUUAUAAAUGAAUUCCAUUUUAAAACUUAUUCAAAUUUGGAAUAUAUAUUGGACAUUGGAAAAAUUUGUACAUUGGAAAAAAUAAACAAUCAAAUUAUUAAUAAGGAAUUAGUUUAAUAAUUCUAUUAAGCUAUUUAGUUAGACCUUGAUAUAUAAAUUACUGACCUUAUAUUAGAUCGAAUAAUAAUAAUGUGGAAACCAGUUAGUUGCGAAGCUCCGUAAAAGAUCGCAAUGAUAACAAUUGAUAAUUUCAUGGAUGAUAAAUGCAUUCUAUCGUAUCAUAAUGCAAUACUGCAAUAAUUUUGAAAAGCCACCGCGACAGACUAUCUAACAAAAACUAUUGGAUUAUUUGGAUUGGGGCAAAGUUAAGGGAAUCUGCCCAACUGAAAGAAUGUCUCGGUAAUAACUCUCUAAUGAAAAUCUCUUUCAUAGUUACAUUGUGCACUGGGUGAGCUAUGCAAAUACCGUGCUGUUAGCCCGUUCACCAGGGUUUUAUGAGUUACAUCGAAUUACCAAUGUUAAUUGUUUUUACUACAUGUUACUCGACUACAUGAGCCUUCUAAUGACAAAAAUAUCACAAGAAACUGCAUUUGUAUUACAUGGCACAAAGUGAGUUAGGCACAUACUUUUGCCCACACUAUUGGAAGCAUUUUUCAGUACAUUAUUGGAAACUCAUGGUCUUGCAUUAUUUCUAAAACCAUUUAGUUUAUCAAAAAUUGAAUGCAUAUUUUGAAAUGUGGAACUUCGUUAAUAAUUGCUGCGUCAGUGUUCGCCAUCUGUUCAUUUAAAGGACUAUUAGGGACCCAUGCUAUCACUUAAAUAAGAAACUGUUUUAAUUUUUUUAAGUAUAAAUCCUAAAUAAUAAUAAAAACUGAAAAUAUAAACAGCGUUGUACUCUGAUGCUGUUUAAAAGCAUUUUGAAUGUUAUAAUGACUCAUUUGCUGAGGAGGCCAUUUAAUUCUUUAAAUUCCCCGGAGUAUUUUGGAUCACAGUCAUCGAUGAUUCUCUCGUUAGAAACAUUCUUAGCGAAAUCUUUUCAAAUUUUUGAUUCCGUUAAGCGGGCUCAUACACCUUAAACCCCUCAUGAUCUUCGAAUAUGGGACUGUUGCAAGAAUUGGAAUAUUUUAUUUAUUUUAAA